AUGAAAUAAUGCACGUGUCCGGCAGCGCCUCCACUGGCCGAGGAGUGACAUCACAGCUCAUGCGGCGCGUGCAGAACGAGGGCGCGUAAACGCUGCAGCAUGGAGGGUCGUGACAGUAAGGAGCCUGAGCAGCUCAGGAAGCUGUUCAUCGGGGGUCUCAGCUUUGAGACCACAGAGGAAAGUUUACGCGCUCACUUUGAGCAAUGGGGCAAACUCACAGACUGUGUGGUAAUGAGAGAUCCAGGUAACAAACGCUCGCGAGGCUUCGGUUUCGUGACGUAUUCGUGUGUAGUCGAGGUGGACGCGGCGAUGGAAGCGCGGCCGCACAAAGUGGACGGUCGUGUGGUGGAGCCCAAACGGGCCGUUUCCAGAGAGGACUCAAAUAAACCCGGAGCUCAUCUGACGGUGAAGAAGAUAUUUGUGGGUGGAAUAAAGGAGGACACAGAGGAGUAUCACAUCAGAGAGUACUUUGAGCGCUAUGGAAAGAUCGAGACCAUCGAUAUAAUGGAGGAGCGCUCGACAGGGAAGAAGAGAGGCUUCUGCUUCGUCACCUUCGACGAUCACGAUACUGUGGAUAAAAUUGUUGCACAAAAAUAUCACACAAUCAACUCCCAUAACUGUGAAGUGAGAAAGGCUCUUCCAAAGCAGGAGAUGCAGGCCGUUUCUAACCAGAGGUAUCGUGGUGGAGGUGGGGGUAACUUCACGGGCAGAGGUGGAAACUUCGGAGGUGGCAACUUUGGCCGAGGAGGGUACGGAGGAGGAGGAGGCCGCGGCGGCUACGGAGGAGAUGGAUACAACGGAUUUGGUGGUAACUAUGGUGGCAGUCCUGGUUACGGAGGUGGCCGUGGGGGUUAUGGUGGAGGCCCUGGGUACGGUAACCAAGGCGGAGGAGGUUUUGGAGGAUAUGAUAACUACAACGACAGAGGAAACUUUGGAGGUAACUUCUGUGGUGGCGGAGAAGGAGGAGGGGGGAAUUACAAUGACUUUGGGAAUUAUGGAGGACAACAAUCCAAUUACGGGCCCAUGAAGGGAAAUAACUUUGGAGGAAGAAACUCUGGACCUUACGGAGGUGGAUAUGGGUCUGGUGGUGGAGGCGGCUCCAGGCGAUAUUAACCCGCGCGCUCGUCUCUGAUGGCAAAAGAAGCUCCUGAUCUACCGUAAGUGGCUGAAAAGCAUUUAUGACGCGUUUUCAGCGACGGUUCUGGAUGGGUAAGAUUAACAAAUGCUAAAUAUAUGGAUAAGUAUCCUCCCGCAUUCUCAUUGGAACUCAGAAAGGCCGGGAUCUAUUCAACUCAAAUGCCACCUGUGGUGACCAUAAAUGAAAUGAGGAAAUAACGGAAAUCAAUCACAUUUUACUGUACAGAAUAUAAUAGGAAAUCUGGGAGAAAAAAAUAGACACAUCGUUUUUAAAUAGUUGCAAAUCUUUUAUUUAAUUGGAUUUUAAGAAAAAAACAUUUUUGCUGAAUCUUUCAUUUAUUUUCAAUCACUUCACAGGAACUUUUAGGAAUGGUAAAACCGCCCAACGUUUGCUAUUCAUAUCAUUGAUUAAAACUCCAGAAAGCUCUUAAAAUAUUUUUAAUGGGAGAAUAUUUUUCAUUCAGGUAAAAAUACAAUCCAUAUAUACUCAAUUGGUAACUUUAUAAGAUCUUUAAAGGGAUAGUACAUGCAAAAAUGAAAAUUCUUUCAUCUUUUAAUCACCAUGUCAUUUCAAACUGCACAACACAAAAGAAUUUCGGUAACUAAACAACACUGAACCCCAUUGACUUCCAUUGUAUGAACACAAAACCACUGAGACAUUUCUUGCAAUAUCUUCUUUUGUGUUCUGCAUUAGAAAGAGCAACAUACAGGUUUAAACCAUAUGAGGGUAAAUAAAUGAUGACAGUUUUAAUUUUGAUGUGUUGAAUAAAGCACCGUUUCUCUCUCAGAACCCAUUGCUAAUGUAGUUGAAAAUGAAUGCGCUGCCAAAUCUUGCUCUUGUUUAAUAAAAGUCUUUUAAACCCCCGAGAGCGUUUUUAUUUUCUUCUGCCUUGUGUUUGUGCACAGUGCCGUUUCUUCACACUCGCGAUGUUUCCACCAAACUUUGUUCCCUUGACCCUGAAUGAAGGUCAGAAUCAUGGGUAAAUGUGUAAGAUUAGGUCACAUGGCCUCAUUGCUUACGUAAAGAACGGGUGGAGUCUCGACAAGAGUGAAAGCGUGGAAGUAAAUGCAGUGUUAAGACUUGAAUUGUGACAUUGGUACACAAGCAUCUUUCAAUGCCGACGCACAUAUAACCUGCUUUAAUCAGUCAUUGAGCUUAUCUGUACAGUAAAUGGAUCCUGCUUGGGGGCGUCUCUGAAUGGGUCGGCCCUGUUUGCUAGCGUGACUGCAGAUUGAAUGGAGAGGGUUUGGUGUGUUUAAAGGUGAAGCUGCCUGGCACUACAAACAGAUGCUGGUUCUCCUGAACUUUGGCCAACAGGGUUUAAUAAAGGCAUUUCUAACGUGGGCCGCAGCCAAACCCUCAGCUCGGUUGCAUAAUGCUGGGUUUGUUUGGUGGAGGAAAAAAUCUGUUGUUUAAGCACACUUGACAGAAAUGUUAUCAGGCUUUAAACCUCAUGAUUAUGUUCAAUCUUGCACAUUAGAGUAGAUGUGGAAUGUGGUAAAGUGCCAAAAUCUCUGUUUUAAACAAAAGCUACAACAGUUUAAGCGGCGUAUUUCUAGAUCCAGAUUAGUUUACCUCUACAAUCUACAUUCAUUUUACACCUCCAUGUGUUUGAACAAUUGUCUCAUGUUUUUCUGGUUUUCUCCUAUCGAUGUUUGGAUAAAUAUUUGAGACUAAGUUAAUACUUAAAUAAAACAUCAAAAUCAACUAAUGUUCGACAACCACAAAACUUUAGCUUCAGUUUGAAAACCACAUUGUUUUAACAUCUUAAACCCAACAAACGUGUUGUGAAAUGUAAAAAUGUUUGUUUAAAAUAAACUGGGGUGGUAAACCUAUGAUAUUUCACUGAACUGAUU